AUGGCGGGACGAUUGCUGAUUGAAUACGUUUCUCAACAGCAGGAUCCUACUUUUCUCGUAGUGAUUGAGCAUGGUUCCAGAAACUCGCACUUCCAAAGAAAUUACUAUACUUCCAGUGCCGAGUUUCUAAAAGCGAGUCUUUCGCGAUGUGCACUAUUAGGCCACAAAAUGGAGAAUAAGAACGAUUACCCAGAAGUCCAAAAGAAUCAGGAAGGAAAAAUGUUCAGAACAAAAAAAAAAUUGUUCAGAACAUAG